AUGGCCAGCACCCACCGAGCACCAAGCAUGCUUUGGCAGCGCCUAGUAUCCCGAGCUCAAGCUUGCCAUCUCUCACAUAGAGGCUUCACUUCCAGCCUUUGCGUCCUCCCAAGGCAUAAGCUGGGUGCGGAGUCCAGCAUGGGGCUGAGAGGAGUGACUUCUGGCCUUCCGCCCCUUGGACUUGGCGCUUGCAGGAGCUUCUCAUCGUCCUCCAGAUCAGAUGAUCCUUACAAGAUUCUCGGCAUCGGCCGCAACGCCACGCCGGAGGAGAUCAAGAAAGCCUACAAGAAAGAGGCCAUGAAGUGGCAUCCUGACAGACAACCGCCUGAGAAGCGAGAGGAGGCUCAGAAGCGCUUCACAGAGGUGGCAAAUGCCUACGAGACCCUCUCCGACCCUGAAAAGCGCAGAGCAUCAGAUGCGGGAGGAGGUGCGAAUGGCUUUACUGGCCAUACUGGUUUCCACUCAACCGGGGGAAACACACAAGCAAGCGCAGAAGACCUCUUCCGACAGGUGUUUGGGCAGCGCGGCUUCCAAGAGCUCUUCUUGAACCUCCAGGCUAUGCAAGGCUUUGGUUCACCUGGGAUCUCCGUUGGUGCCACCGUCAAGGUGCACACAGACAAGCGCCGACUGCUGCGGCUGUGCCGCGCGGCCGGCAUAGAUGCUACAAAUGAUGGCAAGAGGGUGCAGUCCGUGGGCAAAGAAGGGCGCGUCAUCAAGGUGGAUCACGACGAUGACACGGCCAAAGUGGCCGUGAAUGGCGUUGGCGAUGUUUGGUUUCCAGCCCAAGCUUUGGACAUGACAGGAGCAGGCAUGGGAAUGGAGAAUUUCAUGCCGUUCGCGAGUCCCUUUGUCAACACGCCCUUGCACGGCGGAGGCACCAGCAAGGAGGUUUGGCAUGUGGAGGUGAAGCAGCCGCUGCCCCUGGAGCGAUGGCGCACACACCCGCAAGAAGCUACAGCGGCGAUCUCUAAGCUGUCCAAGCAAGGCAGCAUCGACGAGGCCAUGGAGGCUGUUCACCACAUGGUGCAGAAUCAUGUGCAAGCCAACACCUUCCACUACAACGCGGUCUUGUCUGGCUGUAAGCGAGAGGGCCGCUGGACCUUCGCUCUUGGAUUGCUGUCCGAGAUGUCACGUUCAAUUCUGCAUCCCAGCAUUGUUACGUUUAACUCGGUGAUCAGCGCCUGUGCCGAAAGCAGUGCAUGGCAAGUGGCACUCGACGUGUUACAAAUGGUCUCGACUGAUCAUAUUCUGCCGACUGCGGUCACCUUCAAUGCUGCUAUUUCCGCGUGUGCCCGAGGAAGAGAGUCGGGGACGGCAUUGUCGCUCCUAAGCAUGAUGAAAAGCCAUAGCAUCCAGCAGGAUCAGAUCAGCUUUGGCACAGCGAUCGCAGCCCUGGAGGGGGAAAGCUGGCAACAUGCCAUCCACCUGCUGGGCUGCAUGACAAAGGCAUUGAUUACACCAGAUGUGGUCACUUACAGUUCUGCUAUCGCCGUUUGCGGCAGCAAGAGCCAGUGGCUUCAGGGAUUGCACAUCCUAAGCCACAUGUUUGAAUCACAGAUCCUGCCAAACCAGGUCACAUACGGUGCCGCCAUCAGUGCAUGUGAGAGAGGUCACGAGUGGCAACAUGCACUGAACCUCCUUUCCAGCAUGCGUGGACAGAAGCACAACCCAAAUAAGAUUGUAUCUAGUGCGGCCAUAAGUGCCUGCGAGAAGGCAAGCAACUGGCAGGCUGCGCUAAGUGUAUCUGUCGGCAUGACCGCCGCUCAACUACAGCUGGACAUCAUAAGCUGUAACCCCGUCAUUGCUGCAUGUGCAAACGGCGGACAAUGGCAACUCGCUCUGUAUCUGUUUGCGCAGAUGCAGACGACGGCUUCCUUGUGCCCAGAUUGUUUUAGCUACACAGCAGCCGUGAGCGCAUGCUCGCGCACGAGCCAAUGGCAAAGGGCAUUGCUCCUCUGGGAAGACAUGACAAGGGCAGGGGUAGAGGCCAGCAGCGUUUCUUGGAACGCGAUGAUCAGCUCGUGCGAGAAAGGUGGGCAAUGGGAGCUUGCACUCUGUGCUUUGGAAACCAUGAUGGGAGAAUGCCCACCGCAGGAGACUACAUUUGGCGCUGCCAUUAGUGCUUGCGCAAGAGGCUCGCGAUGGCAGUCGGCCAUCAUGCUGCUGGCAUGCUGUAAGGAACAACAGAUGCAGCCUAGUGUCAUCAGCUACAGUGCAGCCAUCAGUGCCUGCGAAGAUGUUGCUGAGUGGCAGCCGGCCCUUCAGCUGCUUCACACAAUGCUGCGAGACACGACUACCCCGAACAUUGUCACAUACAGCUCGGUGAUCAGUGCGUGUGAGCGAGGGCUUCAAUGGCAACUGGCACUGGACAUAUUCUGGGAUAUGACGAAGCAGAAGCUGACCCCUGAUGCUGUUACUUGCAGCUCUGCCAUUUCAGCCUGUGAGCAGGGUGGUCUUUGGCAUGUUGCUGUCCGCCUGUUGGCAGACAUAAGGGUGUUUACAGCGAUGCCCACUGAUGGGUCCACGGCUGCAGCAAUCAGCGCUUGCCGGCGUCAGAGCCGCUGGCAGAUGGUGUCCAGCCUGCUAUUGGACACAUCAACGCCUGCAGGUGCUGUGACCAACAGCUUGCUCCUUGACGACCUCACAGCAGUUGCCGGCUGUACAGACUUGUCGAGUGCAGAUGUUUCCUACAUCUCGUGGAGACUUGCAAGAGCCACGAGACACUUUCCACCUGGUAUGAUGGAGCAGGCCUCCGGCCAACUGGCGAAGCUCGUGGCUGCCGCCCCCACGGACCUUGAGUUCUCGGAGCUCUGUUCAGUGAUGUGGUCCGUUGCAUCAAUGUCCGCUGCGGACGUCCUGAGCGGCCUGGUUGACAGAGCAACUGUGCAACUCGAGCAUGGAGAUGGAAGACUGCUGAAGUCAGCCAGUCUGGCAAAUCUGGCCUGGGCCCUGUCGACUUCAGGCCCUUCAAAGACUCACGACUCUGCCCUACUUCAAGUUCAGAGCGAGCUAGUCAGGAGGCUGCCGGAGCUUUGCCAGAGUCAGUCUUAUCGAUGGCAGAUGGAGUUUGUCGAUGCUGCACUGACAAUCCUGUGGGCAAGCAGUUUUGCUGAUGUUCUGGCCUGGGCCACGGCAGAUGCUGCACGAAGCUCCCUGAGUCAAUUGGGUGCGCGUCUGGAUCUGGACUCCUUGAAGCUUCUGCCGGUGGCAAGUGGGCAAAGUGGGCAAGUACCUUCAGCACCCUCCAGCGCAGCUCCGUUCGUAAAGGCGGAAGUGGCAGAUGUAUUGGUUGUCUUCAAGCCACCGGGCUGGGAGGUGGACCUUGGGCCACAAGAGGCAAGCCGCGAGAAGGGUCGACUGUCAGAGUUCGUGCUGAGCAUGUACCCGCGCUGUCACUCUUCCUUGCUCAGCGAUGUUUCCAAGCAGCAUGGCUUCCUUCAUCGCCUGGAUGUGCCCUGUUCUGGCCUUCUUCUCGUGGCCACCACUCACAAGGCAUACUUCGACUUGCAUUUUCAGCUUGCCACGGCUGCGUUGAUCCGAGACUAUGUGGUUGUAACCCGUGGUUGGAUGUCACCGCAGCGCCGGGAGAUUCAGGCCCCAGUUCAUUGGUGGGACUCUGCCGCCCU